CACGAUGGGCCCUGGGAGUCCUUGGCUCGGGUGGCGACGCUUGCCGAGCUUCUGCAAACGCCGUCGCUUCUGCCAGACCUGUCCAUCCACCUCCUCCCGCCCAGCCAAGCCCUGCGAUACCCGACGACACGACCCUAGAGCACACGAACACGCCUCCCUAGAGUCCCGCUGCCCUGAAAACCACCCGACUCGCCGUGACGAGAAUUGGCCUGCUCUGAGUGGGCGCGACAAGCCCAUCUCGACGGCCACGCUGUUCCCUCGGGUCCAACAAGGUGCCGUAUGACGGCUCGUUUCUCAGCCCGGCCAGACGGGCCCUCAAGGACCGACCCGAAGAUACCCAGUUCCUGGCCGCGCUCCCGUCCCCGUUCCUAGUUUCCUCUGCCGUGACCCAAAGCCGCACAUCAGCCCGUUGGUGAGACCUUCUCGGGCACACAAGGCACCAUGGCGGACCAUGAAACCACAAAAAUCGACAAGGCGAACCACCUUCUUCUUGACCAACCGCUGCUCCGGCUCCCCUAUGAGUUGAUGCGCAAAAACUUCCGGUCGGCCCACUUCACCGUCGAGAAGGAAUCACAGGCGGUCAAAAACCUGCUGAAGGACACGGCCACCAACUCGGCCAACGGACGGGCCUCGCCCGACGAUGUGCUCCGCAACAUCGACUCCAUGUUAGCCCGAGUGCGUGGCAUCAAACGCAAGCUUUCGGCAUGCGCCGACGAGGAGGCCCGCCUGUACCGCCACCUCGACGCCCGUGCCGCCCACCUAGGCGAACUGGCCUCGAUGCAAACGCUCGACGACGUCAAAUACGAGCAGUGGUCCCGCCGCCGCCUCGACCGUCUGCUCGUCGACUACCUUCUCCGCCACGGCUACAACAAUAGCGCUACGGCCCUGGCUGACGAGCGAGGAAUGCGCGACCUGGUUGAUGUCGAGACUUUUGUUCAAAUGAGCAAGAUACAGGAGAGCCUGAAGAACAGGAGCGUUACCGAGGCCCUGUCAUGGUGUAUAGAUAACAAGAAGGAGUUGCGCAAGAUUGACAGCAAUCUUGAGUUCAUGCUUCGCUUUCAGCAGUAUAUAGAGCUGGUGAGGUCGCAGUCGAUGCCCAGGUUCUUGGAGGCGAUAGCACACGCCAGGAAGUACCUCAUUCCCUUCAAGGAGACAUACCCGCUACAAGUCAACCAGGCCGCAGGUUUGCUCGCAGUCACGCCGGACCGCACUGGAGACUCGUACGGUGACCUUUGGAGCCCUGAUCGCUGGGAAAUGCUUGCCGAUCUUUUCACCUCGACCCACAACCGCCUGCUAUCACUCCCCUCAUUUCCUUUGCUGCAUAUCGCGCUGUCCUCGGGCCUCUCGGCACUCAAGACGCCGGCCUGCCACUCGAGCGAAGCGCGCGACGUUGCCGCCCCCAACAACAGUGGAGGCAACAGCAACAGUGACAGCGCGUCAGCCACCCCCGCCAGCGCCGACGCCUCCUCGUCCGCCACGGCCGCUCCGUCGUCGACAGCCAUAACACUUGGUUCCUCCAUGUGCCCCAUCUGUUCGACGGAGCUGAACGAGCUCGCCCGCAACGUGCCCUACGCGCACCACAGCAAGAGCCACGUCGAGCCCGAUCUGGUGAUGCUGCCCAACUCGAGGGUGUACGGCAAGGCCCGGCUCGAGGAGUACGCUAAAAAGUCGGGCUUGCCCCGCCAACGCGUCAAAGAUCUCCGGACUGGCGAGAUCUACCCCUGGAGCGAUCUCAAAAAAGUCUACAUCACAUGAGACCUGGGAGUAGGGCAACAGUGGCGGGGAUCCAGUGGUCGUCAUAGGGCCCUACAUAGAUUGGUCAUGGACUGUAAGCCAGCGAGGGGACUGCAUUUCACUCAAAGAUGUGAACGAACAAGGGCUAUGCUCACCCAAAGCAUCCAGAUUAAGCAGCCAUAUUCUGCCGAGUCCAUGCCAAGAGAAGGAUACAACGUGGUCUCUAGUGUUUUGAGCGUACAGGAGGGCGCUACAGGAACUACGUUGAAUUUUGUAUAUUCCCACCAGUUGAUUUUAUUAGCGGAAACGACUUUAUGAUUGUCUUUGCCCUUUUGGCAUUGCGUUGUUAUGUCGAACUUUGGAGUUUCCUGGUGGGUUUUGGAUUAUUUCGACAUGCAGGCGAUAUUUUACUGGUGUUUCUGAUGCCUCAAGUUGACGGCGGGCUCGAGAGCAUUGUCCCUACCCCUUUCCCGACCCCGAUUUAUCUUGAAUGCGAGUUAAUUUCUUCUUUGCCGCA